AUGCACACGAGCUUCAAGAAUGUGCUCAGUCGAACCUUUCGACAGCCUGGCCCCGCUCCCGCAGGAUACUUCACCGUGGCAGCAUGGCUGGUCCCAGCUGCCGCUGCUGAUGCCCGCCAUCCCCAGCGCCGACAUUUUUCUCGCACCCGCCAGAGAUGCGCUCACCCGCCCGACCCCCACCGUGACCCCCCAGACGCUGCUCAGUCCGUCUGCCCGCCGUCUCGGAGACCCCGCUUUCCCCAACACCCCAGCGCCGAGGCCGUCGAAGCCUGGGUCGACUGCCUCGAGCCUCUCCUCCCGCCGCAUCUUAGCAGAGCUUCCUCUGGCACGCCCGAACCUCCGAACAUAGGUGCAGAGAGGCUCGAGUCUGCGAAAGCCAUCGCUCUAUGUCUGGCGCUCUCGAGGAAACAUGACGGUGUGGACAUUCUCAGCUACUUGGCCAUACAGCAGGGGCGAUGGGACGCUGUCAUGUGGCUCCUGAAAACGGUCAUCGAGAUACCAAUUCCGGAGGAAAAACGCGUCGAGGAUAUCCCUCUGUCAGCCGCUAGAGUUUGGGAUGGCAUCCACGGUUCGCUAGAGCUUGCCACCCAGAGACCCUUGGCUCUGCGAAGAGUUGCCUCUACCCAGCCUUUCACGCAAAAUCUAGAUCAAUUGACGAACCCGAAGAAGUUCGGCGAAGGCGGAUCGUCUUACCGAAACGGUGCGCUUGGUCAAAUAUGGAGGAGUUUGGGCAACAUGAUUCUGAUUGCUGUUGGAGACCGGCCUCAAGAGAAGGACGAAAUCUUGGGCCAUGUUCUCGAGCUUCUUGCCUACCUUCAUCACGCUGACAUAAUCCCCGAGUCGGUGUAUCAUUACGACCCUCCAAAAGACAAAUACUCUCUUCAGCAACCACCCACUCUCUACCUUCUUUCCUCCAAAAUCCUAUCGGCGCUGUCAGACGCGGCUUGGAGAGCGCAUGAGUUGGCAGCGGCAUCAGAGAACAAAACACAAGCACAGUACACCAUUUUUGGCCAAGAAAUACCUGGCUCAAGAUACAAGAUCCGUACACCAGAACUUGGUCCAGAGGUCUGGCUGGAGCUUGUGCUUUGGUCGUGCCUUCAUGGGAAAUGGACGGUUGACGGCGCUGCUAUUCUAAAAAAGCUCACAGGCUACAAGGACGACUUGAGAUGGUCAGUUCUUCACUGGAAAAACGUCUUGCAUGACCGCUCCGGAUCGUCGUUUCGCACCAUGACUUGGACGGACCUGUGGUCCUUUGCUAGGGCCCGCGGAACGCAGGCGAGGUCCCCCGAACGGUUUAUGGUUGACAGAACCAUCAGCAGCGAGGUUGUUGCGGCCUACAUAGACGGUCUGCUCAACAGAAUCAUGGCGGGCGUUGUUGAUGCUGGAGUUCCUGUUGCCGACAUUUUCAGAGAUAUCACUACUUUCAAAGCUCUGCUCGAUCGCGACAAUCUUGGCCUCGGGACUGCUACGUGGGAGUCAACCAUUGCACGUUUCAUGGAAAGCGGUGGCAUCGACCCGGACAUUGAAGCUCGUUGGCUGGAGAGGCUGUCGUCCUUCAGCAGCAGCUUCGACCAGGAGCUCGACUAUCAGAAUGCUGCUCGGGAGUACGAAGACAGCCCAGGCUCGCCAUCUUAUAUCUUAGAUCCCUCGUCAAUUUCUUUGGGCGUGCUACAUCAAGCUCUGCGUAUCAACAUCACGAACGGCAAUCUCACGGGCGCCCUCAGAGUGGUGUCGCAACUUCAAUCGGUCACGGAUCAGAACAAGAGAAGAUCGAUUCAAAAGUUCUUUGAAAAGCUUAACAGCCCAUCUGAGGGUGGCUCUGCGCCCAAACCCUUCUCCAGCAAUAUUCACCCGAGGGACUAUCCAACCUACUUCCCACAGAUACCACCCACCCUUCUGGCCGGCAUUUUGGAUCUGGCAACUCAAACUCGAGCAUAUGACGUUGCCACACGUUUGCUGUACUCGGACGAUAUCGACGGACCCUUGAUUCCUCUGGAACUGUACGAGCAUAGCGACAUUGCCGCGGCGAUCACGAAGUACGCUUAUGCUGUGGACGAUGCAGAUCUGCUCGUUCGCGUCACAUCUCUUCAAUCCGAGAGAGGUGGCAUCGCCCCCCAGACCUCUUGGGCAAUUCUCGAGAUCCAAAUGCAACGGCAACAGUGGGAUACUGUUGAAAACGUAGUUCACAAUCUGGCCAUGCACCAUAGAGAAGCAAGGGUGGCGAACGUCGGUGCACUCAUAGCAAGGCAGCUCCUCAUUCUCCAAGACAGAGUGCUCAAGCAAGACGAGCGAGUGACCGAGACACAUCCUCUCGCCAAGGCUGCAUCUAUCUUUCGCAGGCUCAUCAAAGCUAGGUUCGGCUCAGGCGACAAGGAACGCUAUCACCGCUUCCACGGCAUUCUGUGUGUCCUGUCCACGAUUGGGCCUGAGUGGCACGAAUUCUGUUCCCGCCUAUUCGUCUACCGCGGCACGAAGUCGCUGGAGAGAUGUGUCAAGGAGGAGGACUUUGCGCAAUUGCUGCAAGGCGUCACAGAGACCCGCGGUGCCCACAAUGGCAUGGAACUGAUGGCCAAGUGGUGUGAGGACGUGUCGGUGGCCCCGCACCUCGAGAGAAAACACUACAUGCAGAACGCCGAGCGAGAAGUGCGUUGGGAAUUGAGAGUCGAGGAAAUCAUUGUAGAGGGAAAAGAUGGGUCCGAGCUCAUUCUUCGUGGCAGGCGCCUGUCACCCACGCUUCCUCUCAUGCGUACAGUGUAUCGGGCUGCGUUGAGGCAAAUCAAGGAAAACCCCACGCUUGCGUGGGAGAAACAACGUGUUCGAUCGGUUUUGAGCUGGGCUCUUACCGGUCUGAGAGCCAUGGGUCUGACCACGAAAGAGAUUUGGUACGAGUUGGAUGGAAUCACGAGGGGCUUUGAGCUGUGGGACCGGGCGAAAACGGAACACAGGAAAAGAAAAAGACCUUCAAACAGGAAGGCCAGAGUAGCAAAGCGAGCAAACAAGGCCAGCGAUGGUUCUGUGAAAGCAGAACUGACGCGGAGGGCUGAGGGGAAAGAGAAGGGCCAGUGA